UCUAACGUUUACUUUGCUUUAUAUAGACUUGUGACUGAUUGAAUUAAUUCAAAUAAAAACAAAUCAAUUUCGUAGAAUAGAAUUUCAACAUGGUUAGAAAGAAUUCCUUUCUACGCCCAUGCUUGAUGUAAAGUUCGGCAAUUUGUCGCCAGAAGCCGCCACGCACAGUACCAGAAGAAAAUCAGUCGAAAUCUAAAUAAUCGGGGUUGGGCGUGUUACUUUUGCAAAUCCGUGAAUUGUUAUGUGUUUUUGUUAGAUAUGUAACUAAAGUAAUUGUAGUCAAAGAUCAGUACUUCCGAUAAAAAUAUGGCCCUGUCACUCAAAAUCAAUAUUAUUGACGAAAAUGUUACAAAAACCAUCGUUUUUGACCCUAUUACAACGGUACACGAUGCCUGUCGAAUCAUCAGAGACAAGUGUACAGAUGGAGAUGGUCAACCUAAAGACUAUGGUCUGUUCCUUACUGAUGAAGAUAACAAGACAGGGGUGUGGCUAGAACCAGCCAGAAAUUUAGAAUAUUAUAUUUUGAGAAAUGGAGAUACAAUCGAAUACAGAAAAAAAUUAAGAACUUUGAGGGUUAAAAUGUUGGAUGGCGCCGUAAAAACUAUGAUGGUAGACGACUCCCAAAUAAUAGCGAACCUAAUGGUUGUCAUUUGCACGAAAUUAGGCAUAACGAAUCAUGACGAAUAUUCAAUUGUACUCGAAGACAUUGAAAAUCAAGAAAACAUAGACAAUCGCAACAACUAUGGAACUUUGACAUUAAAACGAAAGAAAGAAGAACGCGAACGUGACGCGAAAAUGGAACAAUUACGUAAAAAACUCCAUACAGACGACGAAGUCAAUUGGCUAGAUCCUUCGAAAACGUUAAGAGAACAGGGAAUUGAUGAAUCCCAAACUGUUUUGUUGAGACGAAAAUUCUUCUAUUCGGAUCAAAAUAUCGAUUCUAGAGAUCCAGUACAAUUGAAUUUAUUGUACGUACAAGCCAGAGAUGGUAUUUUACAAGGAACGCAUCCUAUUACACAAGAAAAAGCAUGCGAAUUUGCGGGGCUUCAGUGUCAAAUACAAUUUGGAGACCAUGUUGAUACAAAACAUAAAACAGGCUUUUUAGAUCUUAAAGAAUUUCUACCACAAUCGUAUACGAAAAUCAAGGGUAUUGAAAAGAAAAUUUUCUCGGAGCACAAAAAGCACCAAGGUCUUAGCGAACUCGAUGCUAAAGUAAAAUACACCAAAAACGCCAGGUCCCUCAGAACUUACGGUGUAACAUUCUUCCUUGUCAAAGAAAAAAUGAAAGGCAGAAACAAGCUCGUACCACGUUUACUGGGCGUAACAAAGGACUCUGUUCUCAGACUAAAUGAACAGACUAAGGAAAUUUUACAAACCUGGCCCUUAACUCAAGUAAGAAGGUGGGGUGCUAGUCCUAAUACUUUCACGUUAGAUUUUGGUGACUAUUCUGAUCAAUAUUAUUCCGUACAAACCACUGAAGCUGAACAAAUUCAACAAAUCAUUGCUGGAUACAUUGAUAUUAUUUUGAAAAAGCAACAAGCUAAGGAUCAUUUUGGAAUUGAAGGUGAUGAAGGAUCGACUAUGUUUGAAGAAAAUGUUGCCAAACAAAAGGCUACUAUUUUGCAACAUGAAUCGAGCAAAAUUGGUAAAACUACUAUUGAAUCGUUGGCUAAACCUGGUGUAAUGAGAGUUGCCGAUGGGGAAAAACCAUUUACAAUGGGCAUGAUGAGUGGGCCAUUGCAAACCACAGUGAGUGGAUCCGUAAAUGUUGGUCAUGCCCCACCAACGACAACAACUUUACAACAAACAAAAAUAACAACGGUUUUAUCAGAACCACAACGAGCCCUCAUUUCUACAAUAUCUGCUACGCAAACGAGAAUCAAAGAAUCAGAAAUCGAACUUGAAGGAAAAGCCCAUAUUCCUGAAUUGGGUACUGAUCCAUCCGCCAAAAAAUGGAAGCAAGUCACUUUAGAUACAAGAAAACAAAAUGUAGGAUCACAAAUCGCUGCCAUGAGUGCUGCCACGGCUCAAGUGGUAACGCUUACCUCUGGUCCUCAGGAUGAGGUUGAUCACACCGCUGUCGGAGCAGCAAUUACUACAAUUGGAAGUAAUUUACCAGAAAUGACUAAAGAUGUUAAAAUGAUAGCUGCUCUUAUGGACGAUGGAAACAUGGGCGAAAAACUAUUAGAUGCUACUAGAAAACUUUGCAAUGCGUUUAGUGAUCUACUUAAAGCUGCCGAACCGGAAUCCAAAGAGCCACGACAGAAUCUACUCAAUGCUGCAUCUAGAGUGGGAGAAGCAAGUACUCAAGUCCUUGCUACAAUUGGUGAAGACACUGCCGAAAAUAAAGAACUGCAAGAUAUGCUUUUGUCUCUGGCUAAAGCUGUAGCCAAUACUACAGCAGCUCUUGUAAUCAAAGCUAAAAAUAUUGCUUCUUCUUGCGAUGAUCAGCAGACUCAAAACAGGGUUAUUGGUGCUGCUACACAAUGUGCUUUGGCAACUUCUCAAUUAGUAGCAUGUGCCAAAGUUGUGGCUCCCACUAUUUAUUCACCGGCUUGUCAAGAACAAUUAACAACUGCUGUUAGAGAGGUAGCGAAGGCAGUAGAAAACCUAGUGGCUAUAUGCAAUGAAGCUUCUCCAAAUGAGGAAUUAAAUACACAACUCAAGGCUGCAGCUGCAGAAGUAACACGCACCUUAAAUGACCUACUCAAUCACGUAAAAGUUGCAUCUCGAGAACGUGCUAGAGAAACUGUACAGGAACACAGCGUUGAAGAAAUUUACACUGCCACUGAUAAAUUAUCAGCAGCCUCUGGAGAUCCUAAUGAAAUGGUACGUCAAGCAAGACGACUGGGUCAAGCUACUGCUCAACUCAUCCAAAGCAUUAAAGGUGAAGCCGAGAAACUUCCAGACUCAGAUAUCCAACGUCGCUUAUUAUCCGCCGCGAAAACACUCGCCGAUGCAACAGCAAGAAUGGUAGAAGCGGCACGUCAAUGCGCCAGCCAUCCUCAUGAAGUAGUUUACCAGGAUCAACUGAGAAAAACAGCUGAAGUUCUCAGAGACGUUACUGUAGUAGCUGCAACUACCCCAGCACUUCGAGCAAAAUUGGUUGAUAGGGUACAAAUAUGUGCCAGGAAAGCAGUUUCAUCAGCCACUCAGUGUAUCCCGGCCGCCCAGAAUAGUCAUCCUUAUAAUACAAACGCAGUAACAAGAGAAACUCUAAGCCAAGACACUAUGGAAUUGGCAGAAACUAUUCCUUUAUUGAUUGAAUCUAUCAAAGCUAAUGCUCAAAGUCCAGAAGAAACUACUAGUCAGGUGGAGUUAAUGUACAUUGCUGAAGUGUUUUUACAUCCUGCACAACAAUUUAUUCAGUCUUCGCAAUCUGCUUUACCCACUUUGACUGAGCAUACAGUUCGUGAACAAUUGUCAAGCACAACUCAGAAAUUCAAUUCUGAAUUGAGUGAACUUCAUAGUGCCAUCAGCAGAGCCAAGCCGGCUUGUCAAGGGUUAGGAAUAGAUGCGGCACAACAAUUAAUAGCUGAUUUACAAGAGGAAUUGAAUGAAUUUGAAAGAGCUGUUGAAGCUCAUAAAUUAAAACCAUUACCUCAUGAUACUCUUGAAAGAGGCUCUCAACAACUAACUGCCACUAGUAAACUUGUCAACCAAGGUGUUGCUCAAUUAUUAAGUGCUGCUGCACAGGGUAAUGAAAUGUAUACCGCACAAGCUGCUAGAGAUACAGCUCACAGUCUUAAGAAUCUUACAAAUGCUGUUCGUUGUGUUGCUGCCACUUCUGAUAACAUUGACGUACAAAGGAGAAUCAUACAUUCGGGUCAAGAUGUUCUUGCUCUCUCUUCAAAACUCGUCACUGAAGCUAACAGAAGCUUGUCAACUGUAGGCGUGACACCUGGAUUACAGAAAGCCGCCAAAGAUGUUUCUCAAGCUUUGAAUUCAACAGUGGGUUGUUUACCUGGCCAAAAGGAUGUCGAUAAUUCAAUAACCAGCAUUAUAGAAUGGUCUUCUUCAAUAAAUACAACCAGUUUCCCACCAACAAACAAGAGCUAUGGAGAGCUUCAACAAGAAUUAAAUACUGCUGCUGCUAACUUAAAUGAAGCCAGUUCGAGUGUAUUGCAAUCAGUACACAGUCCUGUUCAGUUAGCCUCAACUUCUAAAGAUUUUGCAUCCGCUUAUCGUGAUCUGUUAAAUGUUACUGUGGAAAUGGCUGGACAAACAGUUGAUGCAUCAGUAAGAGGCGAGAUGGUUCAUUCGCUAAAGACUGUAUCUAUGACUUCAAGCACUUUGCUUACAACAGCAAAAGCACUUUCCGCCGAUCCAAAUCUUCCAAACGGUAAAAACCAACUAGCUGCUGCAGCUCGUGCUGUAACAGACAGUAUUAACCACUUAGUUAAUGUCUGCACUUCUGCUGCUCCUGGUCAAAAUGAAUGUGACAAUGCUAUAAGACAAAUUAAAGCAAUGCGCUACUUGCUCGACAAUCCCACAGAACCAAUUAACGAUUCUUCAUAUUAUGAGACACUUGAUACAGUCAUAGAGAAAAGUAAAAUUUUGGGAGAAGGUUUAUCGGGUAUUACAGCAAGUGCAAAAGCUUCGGAACAUGAGAGGUUUACCGAGCAUGUCAAAAGUUUCAGCAAUGCUAUCUGUUCAAUGAUUGAAACAUCUGCUCAAGCUGCAUAUUUGAUUGGAGUCUCAGAUCCUUCAAGUAUAGCAGGAAGGCCGGGUUUAGUAGACCAGGCUCAAUUCGCUAGGGCUUCUCAGGCCAUCCAACAAGGAUGCGCAGCCCUAUCUUCACCGACAAGCCCUCAGAAACAAGUUUUGGAAGCAGCAACACUUAUUGCCAAACAUACCAGUGCAUUAUGUAAUUCUUGCAGAAUAGCUAGUUCAAAAACUACAAACCCAGUAGCCAAAAGACAGUUCGUACAAAGUGCUAAAGCUGUAGCAAAUAGUACUGCUGCUCUAGUCAAAGAAAUUAAAGCUUUAGAUGCUAAUUAUUCGGAGGAAAACAGGAUUAGUUGUUCAGAAGCUACUAGACCACUUUUAGAGGCUGUCGAGAAUCUUUGUAUCUAUGCCAGUUCCAGUGAAUUUGCUACUUUACCUGCAAAAAUACCACCCCAAGCUCGUCAUGCACAACAACCAAUCGUUGAAGCUGGUCGUAAACUUAUUGACAGCUCGUCUUCUGUCAUUAGUGCUACAAAGAAUCUGAUUAUAAUGCCCAAAGAUCCUUCGACAUGGCAGCAGUUUGCUGGCAGUUCCAAAAACGUUUCAGAUUCGAUAAAACAACUUGUAGUUAGUAUAAGAAAUGAAGCUCCUGGAAAGAAUGAAUGUGAAACUGGCGCACAAAUUUUGACAAACCAUCUCAAAACUUUGGAUGCCGCUUAUAUGGAUGCCGUUUCACAGUCUUUAGUACCCAGAAGAUCUGCUACUCUGCCAGCAUAUAGUCAACAAGUAGAAAGAUCAGCUGCGGGACUAUUUGAUGUGAUGGAACCCUUAAGGCAUGCUGCCAAAUACGAAGCUGAGAGUAUAGGACAUGCUGUAAACCAGUUAAUACAAUACUUUGAACCAUUGGUGGAAAGUACUGUCGGAGCUGCAUCUAAUUUGACAAACUCAAAACAACAAGAACAAAUCUUGGAUCAAGCUAAGUCAGUAACCGAGUCUGCUUUACAGUUUAUUUAUACAACCAAAGAUUGUGGUGGCAACCCCAAGGCUGUAAAUGUACAUCCAGAUAUAGACGAAUGUGCAAAUUCUAUGAGAGAUAAUCUCCAAGAUCUCAUAACUAGUCUUGAAGCGAUAUCAGCACAAAGUGGAAUUGUUUCUGGAGUAGUUGAUAACCUUACCAGAGCUAUGACUCGUUUGUCUGACAAUCGCGCUUCACUAAUAAUUUCAGAUGGCGAUAUAGGAUUUGUAGAUUAUCAAACUCGAAUGGUAGACUGUGCUAAAAGCAUAGCUAAAAUUGCUGGUGAAAUCGCCUCCAAGGCUGCCACUGAUACUCAAAAGGUAGCACAACUGUCUGCAGAUCUGUCGCAUAGGUACAGCCAGUUGGCUAGUGAUAGUAUUGGGGCUGCAGCAGCUGCUACCAAUUCCGAGGUUGCACUCAGGCUGAAGGAAGUGGUACAACAACUAGGAGGUGCCUGUGUUGAAUUAGUUCAAGCCGGAGGUCAAUGUUUGGUGCGAAAAGAUGACAUAAUCCUUCGUGAAGUUGGAGAAUGCUCAAGAAAUGUAACAGAAAAAGUGUCCCGAGUUCUUGCCACCCUCCAAAACGAGUCGAGGGGUACACAGGCAUGUAUUAAUGCUGCCUCUACUGUAUCUGGAAUUAUUGGAGAUCUAGAAACGACAAUUAUGUUUGCCACUGCCGGUAAUCUUAAUCCCGAAAAUGAACACGAAUCAUUUGCAAACCAUAGAGAGAAUAUUUUGAAGACUGCUAAGGCAUUAGUUGAAGAUACAAAAACGUUAGUGGCUGGCGCUGCUUCUUCUCAAGAACAAUUGGCGGUUGCAGCGCAAAAUUCAGUCGCAACCAUUGUGCAACUUGCUGAAGUGGUAAAAUUCGGAGCUGCCAGCUUGGGCGCUGACAAUCCAGACUCCCAAGUCAUGUUAAUAAAUGCAGUGAGAGAUGUGGCUAGUGCUUUAGGAGAUCUUAUUCAAGCAACAAAAGCUGCAAGUGGAAAACCAAUCAAUGAUCCAGCUAUGGCUCACUUAAAAGACAGUGCUAAGGUGACGGAUUCUGAAACGGAGUGGUGGAUUUCUGACCAAGAAGAAGAAUUGUUGAAACUAUUGAGCGACAGCAAGGAAAACGUUAACUCCGAUUUACAAUCUGAUAUCGUUCAGUGUCUAGUUACAGCUUCUUCUUAAGUUGCUCUUUUGUAGCUUUUAUUUCUUGAGAAUCUCUAGUCUUUGUGUGAUGCUUCAAAGCAUUUUUGAAAUGAUAAAUUAAUCGGAAUACUUUUGUCACCACAUUUUUUUGAAUUUAGUGUUUUUUAAGUAAAGCCAUUUUUGUGACAUAAUUUUUUAUCAAUUUCACAUUGCCUAAAAAUCUAAAAAUUAAAUAUAAAAAUAUUCGCCAGGCCUUAACUGCAGCAUAAUGGCACAUACAUCACUUUAUUUGGGAUCGUUAUCACUCACUGAAUUAUUAUUUUUCCAACCAUAACAUAUGAAAUGACCAUUUAAAAACUUACAAUGAUUAUUCGAGGGUUGUCUUUUUAAUUUUGCAUAUUAUAGAGCUGGAAUAAAACAGUAAAUAGAUUUUGCUGACUUUAUUGUUUUUCGAAAUAUUCCCUUCGAAGGUUAAUGUACUUUUGCAUUUGCUUGAACCAACUCUGGAAGCUUUGUUGGUACAAUCAAAAUUGCGUUAGUAAAGGCAUUGACUGCUUCUUAUGGCGACUGGAACCUGUGACCACACAGUGCAUUCUUGAUUUUCAGAAAGACAAGACUAAGUCUGGACUUUUUUUCUUGCUCUAAAAAUUUGAAUUGUCUUGUGAGCUGUAUGGGAACUUACAUUGUCUUGGUGGAGGAUGAUUUGUCAUUUGGGGGUUGGUUUUUCGAAGAUCAACCAUUUUUUUCAGCAAACGCCAGUAAACAAUUAUUCUUUGGUCUAGAGCAGGGGUGCACAACAUACGGCCCGCGGGACGAAUGCGGCCCGUCAGUGUAGUUUUGGCUGCCCGUUGGCUUUUGACCAGUUUGGCCCGCCUACGUCAAAUCAUACAUUUUUCAGUAACAAACUUGCAAUUAGACUGACGACCUUUUUUUGUAGAAAACUCGAUCAGUAGGAUGGGUUAUACAUUAUAAGAUGACGACCUUUUUUUUAGAAGCUCAACCAGCAGCAGUAGGCUUAUAAAUGACAGGUGUUGACCUUUUUUCUUUUAGAAAUUUGAACCGACUCUUGUAGGCUCAGGCCUCUCUUGGCGGCCCUCGUACAGUUACAGUUCUUCAAAUCUGGCCCUUUGAAAAUCUGAGUUGUGCAGGCAUAUUCUGUAGUUGUAUUCAACCUUUUUUUCUAUCGGGUCACAUAAAUCUGUUUGUUAUGCUACACGGGCCUCAAUAUUUUUGGGUGAUUAGUAGAGACCUUUUUGAAAUAUAAAUACAAAUUGGGUGACGAAAGGAAUAGUGAUCCAUUUGAAAUAUUUUCUAAAAAAAAGUCUUCAUAUUGUUUUAGUUAACAUACUUUCGAAUACAUAGUUUCAAAAAAAAAAAAAAAAAACAAAAAAGGUCCUCAUGUUGUUUUAAUAAGCUUUGAAAAGUCGCGAGAACAAUUUGUUUUAAAAAAAGACUUCAUGUCAACCAUUUCAAUUCCUAAUAAUAGUGUUUGUAGCUGCACAAAAAAGCUUGGAGGGCCGCACAAAACAGCUUGGAGGGCCGCAGGUUGAGUAUGGCUGGUCUAGAGGGUUUAUUGCUAUAUGACCUGCUUUUUGGUCUCACUUCAAGAAUAGAUGACUGUUAUGUUCACCUUGGAACUAUUAUUAUCUAUUAUCGACCUUGGCUUUUUUUGUGUUCUUCAGUCAACAGAAAACUUUUUUUACACACAAUUCCUCAUGGAAUUUUUUUAAAUUGAGGUCUUUGAAAUUCCCAAUGGUGCCUCAAUAUGUCGAUACGUCACAUGCUGAUCUUCCUUGAUGAGCUUGCCUACAGGAUCGACGUUUUCCUGGGGGACUGUCGUUUUUGGUGUACCUGUCCUUGGAUCGUCGUUAAGACUCAUCCAGUAUGUUUGAAUUCUCUAAAUCAACGAAAAUUGCCGAAAACAACCAAACUCGGCAAGGCAUUUUUGUUGCGAUAAUUUUCUUCGAAAGUUUGUGCAAAAAUUUUCUCAAUUAAUUCCAUAGUUCGAAUAACUUUGAUAAUUCGACAACACUCGACUUAUCGCCCUGAAACUUUGGAUUUAGAUUAACUAAAUAUAGAGGUUUAUUUCUAAUAGUGACAUUGCAUUAGAAAUAUUUAAUUUAGAUAAACAUGCUAUCUACUUUUUAUAUAGAUUUAUAAAUAUGUACUAUUUAACAACCAUGUACCACUUAUAUCUGCAUGACAAGUAGGGGGUUGCUAUUUUAAUUUUUUUGAGGUAGAUGGUGCAUAAGGGGUUGAUGGGAAUGCGUUCUGUAUUUUGUCAUUUAACUUUGUAUCUUAGAAAUGAAUUUAAUCAUUUUCUGAUAUAAUCUUUAAUUUCAUUGUAUUUUUUAAAACGUCACCUUGUAUACAUUUAAAUUAGUACGUUCAUACGAUUCGGUCAUCUGCGGGUCGGUAAAAUGUGUGGAACAUUUGAAAAAACAAACAAUUCGGUGACAUCUAAACCAGUGCUUUAAAUUUUUACUUCUGAUUGGAACAUCAGAGGGUUCGGUAACAUUUCUGGUUAGA